AUGAAUUUGAAUGCAGGAUUUUUUGCUGCUUAUUGUUAUCGUCGUAAACAACCAACUGUUGCAUAUCGUGUACCAUUAAAUAGUCAACAACAUCAACAUACAUCAUUUUUAAGAAGUACAAAAUCAUCAAUUGAUAUUUCAAAUGGUAGUGAAUCAUUUUUACCAUCAAUACCUACAGCUAAAGAUAGUAAUAAUGGUCAGAGACCAUAUCGUCGUAAUGAUUUUGCUAAUAAUCAUUUAUUUAUUGCUAAACAUAAAUUAGCACGAAUUUUUCUCAAUCGACCAGCAACGAAUAUUCAAUCAACAAAUGAUCUUAUUCAUUUAUUUGAUCCAUAUGAACCAAAACAAAAAAAUCGUAGAAAAAAUAAAAACAAACAACAAGAGAAUAAAUCAAAUAGUAAACCAAACUCAACAUUUGAUCAAGAUAUUCCUUUAUCUGUUAUCAAUCUUGUUAUGAAACCUUCGUUACCAUCAUCACAAUCGCUUGAUUCAAUCUCUACAAUAUCAUAUCAUCGUGCACAACCGAUUCAUUUUCAAACAAGAACUCCUCGACCAUCAAUUGCAUGGGUAAAUCCAGCAAUUACACAACAUUUUCAAUCAAGACCAAAUUAUUUUAUUAAAGAUGAAUUUGAACCAAAUACAAUUAAUCCUUUAGAUUCAUCAGUAUUAUAUGUUAAAUCAAUUAUAACUGUAGCUAAGUCAAAACAAGAUUGA